UUAUGAAGGCAAUAUAAAAUGCAAAUAUUUUAACAAACGUCGAUACAAAUAGAUUAUUUUCUCAUUUGUUUCGCAAAUAGGAAUUUAUGGGGCGCACUUUGGCUUUAAGCGAUUUGUCGCUGUUAUUUUUUUUAUUAUUUUUUAUUUUUUGUCUGUGUGUUUGAUGGAGAGGGCGCAGCUCCCCCUCCCCCGCCUGUAGAGUGCAGCGAGCGCAAGGGAGGAGAGAGAAAGAAAGAGAGGGGAGAGGCUGCGGCCAACUGAGAAGAAACAAUAACCAGCUUCGCUGAAUAUUGGGGAAAAAUACAGGGUGAGGACAAAGAAGGGACCAUGGACGGAGAAAGAAAAUAUCCGUUUAAAGUGGAAGCGGAGAGGAGAUUCUGGUCCUCCUGCACAUAGUCAAGGUAGAACGACGGCUCUCCCUGAUUUUUGAUGCCGUUGCAGAAGCAAGCACACGCCGAGCUCGAAAGGCGGAAAACAGUUUUUAAUCCGUCUGCAGAUGCUGUGCCAGCUGGAGAUGGCUGUUGCGGGGCAAUGCAGAAGCAUAAAUGAUAGCAUACGUCUUUGUUUUUAUUUCGUCGUCGUUUUUGUACUGAGUGGCCUUACAAAUGCACAAAUUCGCUAUAGCAUUCCCGAGGAGCUGGAGUCCGGGUCUGUCGUUGGAGAUCUCGUUCGAGAUUUGGGAUUGGACCUUGGAAAGCUCGCGGCUCGCCGGAUCAAAAUAAACUCGGACAACGCGCGGCGCUACUUCAACAUUAACCACAAAACCGGUAAGCUUUCCGUCAGUGACAGGAUCGACCGCGAGACUCUGUGUGAGUAUAGCGGCAGCUGCCUUCUUAGCCUCGAAGUGGUAUUAGAAAAUCCAUCCGAGACGCACAACGUGGAGGUCGAAAUUUUGGAUGCAAAUGACAAUGCGCCGCUUUUCCCCAGAGACGAGUAUCAAUUGGAGAUCUCGGAGGCGGCACAGCCAGGCGCAAAGUUUCCUAUCGAAGGCGCCCAGGACGCUGACGACGCUUCAAAUUCUGUACGCCAUUACCGCCUCUCUCCAAACGAACACCUUGCACUGGAAUCAAACAAACCACCUGCCAGUGGAAAGCACAUAGAACUCAUUUUGAAAAAACCGUUUGACAGGGAGAUGGUGCCAUCUCAUCAAUUACUUCUAACUGCUUCUGACGGAGGCUCUCCCCCACGCUCUGGCACAGCGAAAAUCAACGUGCGCGUUUUGGACACCAAUGACAACGUGCCAAAGUUUGAUAGCUCGGUGUACAAAGUAAAAUUGCGGGAGAAUUCACCCCAUGGUGCUCUGGUGAUUAAACUGAAUGCUACAGACCGGGAUGAAGGCACAAAUGGAGAAGUUUUUUAUUCCUUUAGUUCAUACACACCUGAAAGGGUUCGGCAGAUGUUUAGCAUGGAUUCAGACACUGGAGAGAUUCGCGUCAGGAGUAACGUGGACUAUGAGGAGACCAACAGUUAUGAAAUGUACAUUCAGGCUAUGGAUAGAGGGCAUGGGGCAGUCGCUGUGCACUGCAAAGUAGUUGUGGAGGUGCUGGAUGUAAAUGAUAACCCACCUGAGAUUGUACUCUCUACUCUAUCCAGUCCAGUAAGGGAGGAUGCUCGAGCAGACACUGGGGUGGCGCUGAUUAGUGUUAAUGACCGUGAUUCUGGACAAAACAAACAUGUCACCCUAGACAUUAUACCUCCUGACCUCCCAUUUAAAAUAAAAUCAUUUCGGAACCACUACACCAUAGUCACAGCUGCCUUCCUGGAUAGAGAGACAAUACCAUCAUACAAUGUUACAAUAACAGCAGUUGAUGGUGGAACCCCACCACUCUCCUCUUCAAUGACUGUUCGUGUAGAUGUGGCAGACGUUAAUGACAACCCACCUCGUUUUGAGCAGACAUCAUACACUGUUUAUGUUACAGAGAAUAAUGCUCCAAGUGCUCCUUUGUGUGAGGUAAAGGCCACAGAUCCUGAUGCCAAUGAGAAUGCACGUAUCACAUACACAGUCCUCAAUGACAACAACCAUGGGAUCUCUGUGGGGUCAUAUGUGUCAGUCAAACCUGCCACAGGUGAGGUCUAUGCCUUGCGCUCUUUUGACUUUGAGAAGCUGCGGGAGUUUCAUUUCCAGGUAAAAGCUCAGGACAAUGGUGUGCCACCACUGAGCCGAGUAGCAACAGUUUAUGUUUAUGUUAUGGACUCCAAUGACCACACACCAUGGUUUGUCCACCCAGCAGCAAAUGUUUCUCACAUGGCUGAAACUAUCCUUCGUAAUGCUGAGGCAGGUAUGCUGGUGACUCGCGUGUUGGCAUGGGAUGGGGAUGCAGGGCAGAAUGCUUGGCUACUCUACACACUUGAACAUCCCCCUGAACUUGACCUGUUCAAGGUGCAUGAGCACACAGGUGAGAUCCGAACAACUCGUCGUGUUAUAGAGGACAAUUCUACAGUCUUCAGCCUCACAGUGCAUGUGAAAGAUCAUGGACAGCCACCACGCUCUGCCUCUGCAACCAUUAAUGUUGCUAUCAUGGAGCUUCCUCCAAAAGUGGCUUCUGAUCCUAAACGCAUCAUUAGACCCCAUGGAACUCUUAUUUUCUCCAGUGUUACGUUAUACCUCAUUGUUGCCCUCACUGCCACCACUUUUGUCUUUUUGGUCACUGUUUUUGUCCUUGCCAUUGUGCGUUGCCAUGCCUACUGCAGCCAACCUGAUGCAUGCUCCUGCUCACCUUGCUGUGGUGGAUCCAAAAAGAAGACACCUAAAGAGGGUGGAAGCAAUGGUGGCGGGAGUGGUGGUGGCAGUGGUGGAGCACCAGGUGGCGGUGGAGGAGGAAACCAGCAGCAACAAGCUGUGGCUCUACGAAGGGACCUUAAAGUAGAGCCACACUAUAUAGAGGUUCGUGGAAAUGGAUCUCUGACCAAAACCUACUGCUACAAGACCUGCCUAACUGCCACUUCAGGAAGUGACACAUUCAUGUUUUAUAACAUGGGACGACCUGUGAGUGGAACCUGGGGCUCCGGGGCAGAGAGAUUCUUUACCAGUCAGAGCGGGCAGUUUGUACGCAGGCUUAGUAUGCCAGAUGCCACCGCCAUACAGCCCAAGGGUCCCAAUGCAGACUGGAGAUAUUCAGCUUCUCUCAGAGCAGGAAUGCAAAGCUCAGUCCAUAUGGAGGAGUCAUCUGUGAUGCAGGGGGCUCAGGGCGUUCUGGUCCAGAACUGGCCUACUGUCUCCAGUGCUCCUGAUAAUGAGGGUGGUGAGGUGUCUCCUCCUGUAGGCGCUGGUGUGGACAGUAACAGCUGGCAUUUUCGGUAUGGUCCAGGCCCUGGCAUGCCCCCUCAGCAUCUGAAGCCAGGUGAAGUUCCACCUGAAGCUUUCAUCAUUCCUGGCUCUCCUGCCAUCAUCUCCAUCAGACAGGGGCAGGAUGGUGAUGAUAAGAGUGACUUCAUCACUUUUGGCAAGAAAGAGGAGGCCAAGAAGAAGAAAAAGAAGAAGAAGGAAAAAGAGAAGAAAGACAAGAAGGAAAAAGGGAAAGAUGAUGAUGACUAGAAAUAGAUAUUAUACACAUAUAUAUAUAAGACAGAGAUCUCAACAGGGCUCAUGAUGGAACUGAUUAAUAAGGUGAUAGGUGACGACUAUGUUUAUUUUCUUAAUUUAUGUACUAAAACAAAUAUUCUUUGCUGAGUCAACUUUCAAAAUUGCUGUCAAAAUUGGCUGUACAUAACUCAAUUCACUUUGAUCAAAUUAUUGAUUAGUUUUCCUCCAUGCUCACAGUGCCUGACCACCCAAUUUUCUCAAAAGACAACCGUGAGAUAUAACAAGAUUACUGUUGACACCUCUGUCUUAUUUAUGAUUGUGGUUUCAGUUUUCUGUUCUCAGAAAGGAAGACAAAAUCAGACUUAAAAAGGUUACAAGCAGUGCACCACUUCUGAUUAUCAAGAUACGUAUCAAAAAUAUAAAAAAAGGAAAAAAAGAUGAACAAGUUAGGAACAGAAAAGGAUAAGCUUUGAUACUGGAAGUGGAUUGCAUGCUGGUGUAAAUAUGGUGCCAACAGAGAAGUUGUGUGCCAUGUUGUAAAGAAAAACUGGUUUACUAUGAAGAAACAGUGCUAAACUAAUGCUUCUGCUUGCUCUGCUUUAUGUUUGUGUAUACACUAUGGAGAAGUAUCUCAAAUCAAUAAGGAAUAUGUGGAUAUACCACCUGACACCCAGCAGCAAAAUAAAUAAGAAAGAUAAAACAGCGGUGAAUGGUAUAAAGCAAGCACAUUAUGAUUACCAGCACUCUCUCCCAGUCAUUAUAAGCGCAUUAUCUGAGAAUCUAAAAAUGUAACACUCAUGCACAUGCUUGUACAGGGUCAAAAGUUAACACUCCACUAAUGAUAGCUUCACUUUUGUUGUGCCUAUGUUUGUUUUUUCAAAGAUGCAGCUUUGCCUCAGUAAAUUUUAGUAUGUAUUUAAGCACAGGGCAAAAAUGGAGGAACUAAUGUCUGGCAAAAAAGCAGAAGAGAUUUGGUGCAUGUAGUGGUAACUAAGCUACAUAAACAACAAAGAAUGAUUAAAGACUAAAAUAAUAAUGUGUGUGGUGUUGCUAAGAUGGGUAGCUGAUAUAGUUGUACAAUACAUGUAAAAAAAAACAAAAAAAACAGUGUUAGUGCUAAUGUACACAACAUGCAACCAUCACCCUGAAAAUUUUCAGCGACCUGAAGUGUAUGCUUUGAAUGUUUGGUAUCGCUGCCCUUGAGCCUGUUUUUUUAUUAAACCUUAAACUCUGAUCUUUAAUCUAUUUUUGUGCCUGCUUUCUCAUCUAACAUGAGGAUGUGGUGUAUGGAUUUGUCCUAUACAAAAUACCUUUGCCUUUCUGGUUGGAAGGCUAAAAAAUGUUCAGCUGACUUAGAUAACAAAUUAGGCUUACUCUUGAGUGUUGUUUUAGCAAACAAAACUGUUUUUUAAGAUCUGAUUUUAUAAGCUUUAAUUGAUCUGUAUUGCAUUUGUACAGCUCAUCUUUUGCUCUCUCUGACUCUUUCUACCUUGCUUUAUGCUCUGUUCUGUUUUGAAUGUUGAAUAGGACAGCUCCAGUCAUUGUACUUCAACCAGUACACUGAACAUCACUCCUCUCAGUGUGUAAGUGUGUCACCAGUGAACAGUAUAAUGGAUGCCGGUCCUUGUAUUUCACUGCUUGUAUUUGUCGAGGGUAGACUGGAGGAAACAGAAGGGAGAGUCAAAGAAUGGUCAGGGGGUGGAGUUUCAGCAGAGCAUGACAUGAUGUGAAGUGGCAGUUUUACCUAUUUGAAAUUCAUUUUUUCCUGUUGCUCUACAUAGGAAAUUGAACUGAGAAGGUUACUGAAUUACUGCAGUACAAAGUCUAAAAAUCAACUGACUCCACCCCAUAUUCUAAUCUUUGCACUGAAAGCUUCAUGCUUUUGCUUCAUUGGAUCUCUCCCCCUGUCUGUUUACACUGUACAACCUCAUGACUUAAACCAAUGUCACAGUGGCUCAGCUGUGACUGCUGCAUGACCUAACAAGAAAGGAAUCUCUUACUAGAUAGAUAUAUAUGAAUAUACAUAUAGAUUGCUAUAAUUUUGCUAUUUUUGUUUCUUAUUUGUAUUCCAUUACAUUCACAAGAGAUUUGCAUAUUGUACUGUCUCUGCCAAGCCUUUGCAUAAUGAUAUUUUCCUCACCCACUCAGAGUGUACAUCUACCAUGUUACUAAGCCUUCUACUUAUUUGUAACUGCUUUAUAGUGUGAUGCCCUAAAGCUCCUGCUCAAUUUGCUGUUUUUUGAGUUUGCUUUUGGAAACUAAAUGCGAAAAAAAAAACACAUUUGUGUAUGGCUUUGACAUACUGAUCUAACACUUUAUUAUUGUAACUAAAUUACUAUGUAUGACAACACUAUCUCUUUUCCUUCACCUUUCCCUUUGAAGGAUAAAAAGCUUGAAAAAAAAUGAUGUAAAAUACAGUAUAUGUAGUGUAUGCUUGUACCUAGUGAGCCAUCAUACGAUCAUUAUUUCUCAGUGUCUGGUAGUGGUCAGUAGGUGGUAAAGCACUGUCCAAAUGGGCAGGGCUCAUCUGUUGUAUCUUUUGUACACCUGCUCAUCAAACUGUGACAGUGAAGUAGUAAAAUCCAUUUCUCUCUUUCUCUUUUCUAUUUCAUUUUGAUGAACAAGGUGGUACAGUGUUUUGUUUAAUGAAUCACCAAAAACAAAUAAAGUUUGCUUUCUUAAUAAUGUGAAA